GAAGGACCCCUUAUUUGCGAAAGUAUCAAACUGGGUGUUAAGGGGAUGGCCUGACAUGAAAUUGGAGCAAUCAGAUAUUGCAUAUCCAUACUAUUGCCGUCGGGAACAGCUCUCUACAAAUAAAGGAGUUUUGAUUUGGGGAAAUCGCGCCGUAGUUCCACCGAAAUCCAGAGCAACAAUUUUAGCUGCUCUACAUGCCGCUCAUCCAGGCAUUGUAAAAAUGAAGGCGUUAGCGCGUAGCUAUGUUUGGUGGCCAAACAUUGACGCUGAGAUUGAGCUUAUUGUUAAGAAAUGUAUUCCAUGCCAGCAGAAUCGUAACGAUCAUUCAGAGGCACCGGUGCAUCAUUGGGAGUCAGCCAAGCGGCCGUGGUCCCGUCUACACAUCGAUUUUGCAGGACCUUUUCAAGGAAAAACCUUUCUUCUGGUCGUGGAUUCUUACUCAAAAUGGCUAGAGGUUGCGGUUGUUAGCUCCACUUCUACAGCGGCUACAAUUAAAGUUCUCAGGCAACUGUUUGCUACGCAUGGGUUACCAGAUCAGUUAGUGUCAGACAAUGGCACACAACAAUCUAAUUCCUCCACAACAAUCUAA